AAAAAAGUUGUUCUCAUAAUUGGCAUAAAUACAAAAAUGAACGUAUUAACAAUUGUGCUUCUGUCUUCUGCGUUUAUUAUAAGUUUUUUAAUGGCGCUACUUGUUUAUAAGUUUUGUAAACAUCAACAAUUUCAAAAGAAAAAAACGCUUUUUGGAGGAACUUUAUUUGUAACUAAAAAGAAACAAAGUAGGAAAGAAAUCGAAUUUAGUUUGCCUGUUUCAUAUCGAACUCUAAAAGCUCAAACUCCUUUUUUACAAAACGAAAGUUACUACAAAACAGACGAAAAGGACCUUCAACCUUUAAUGUCCCGCAAAGUUUCUUCAUCUAUUCGCCCUUCGAUUUAUAACGAGCAAAACUCUCCAUUUUCAUCAUCAGUAUCUGGCGACGAAAAGCCUGUAGAAACCUCGCCGUUAUCUCAGUAUAAAGAUGCUCCUUUACUCACUACCUUCCAAAAGAAGCAAAGGAAAAUUAGUACCAGCGCACUUGAUCAUCUCGCAAAGCAGGGAAAAAGAGUAUCAACUCUUGAUCUACGCGAUGUCACUUUAGUCGAAAGUUCAUUCGAAGAUUCACAAGAAAAAAUCGAGGAUGAAGUUUUUAGAAAAUGUAAUAAAAAGUUGUCUGUUGUUAGUAGUGAGGAUGCAACUGAUUUAUAUACAGAUCAAAUUACUGUUUCAAAUACUUUAGUUGGUCCAGAACACCGAAGAAUAGCCGAUAGGCGUUCUAUAAAAAAUAGCGGGUUACCUUCCCAUAUUCAUGCUAUACGAACAUAUAAAAAGUCAGGUAAAAUAUAUUUUUCUAUAACGCAUAUUCACCAUGAAAAGGUGUUGCGCGUGGAUGUGCAGAGAGUAAUGAUUAUUGGAUCCAAGCGAGAUAUUGCCGACACGCAUCCGUUUGUUCAAUUAUAUUUAAUACCUGGAAAAAAGCAAAAGCAAACAACAAAGUUUCAAAAGGCAACAAAGGAACCAGUUUUCAACGAACUAAUUGUUUUCACAGACGUUGAAAAAAGCGAACUGGAAGGUUACCGACUAAAGCUAAAAGUCUUAAGUUACUCACGACUUCGAAAAAACGACUUACUUGGUGAAGUAGAGAUGUCCUUAGGUUCAAUUGACAACCAUUUAAAAGAAAGUUUCAACUUGGAUUUGUUUCUAAAACGUUCUCAGAACUCCUUAGCAUCGCUACAUGUGUCACUUUGCCAUCAAGCAACCUAUAAUAAACUUGAAGUUAUCGUUAAAGAAGCAAGAAAUUUAACAAAAUCUAUAAGCUCAUACGUUACUUUGUCAUUGUUUCGAGAAAGUUCAAUAGAACGCAAGGAUACACUUAUAAAACGAAAUUGUCGUGAUCCUGUUUACGAAGAAUCUUUGGAGUUUAAUAUUUCCACAGAUUUUUCAAAGCCGCUUACAACAUUUACAUUAGUGGCUACUAUUAACAAUGUAACAUUGGUGGGGAAAGAUGUAGUUAUUGGCCACGUGAUUUUCAGUCUUACAUCGCCGCAAAAGUCUGCCGCUGAUCAUUGGAAACGAGUACAAGACACCCCCCAUCGUUAUCAUUCUGAGUGGCAUUCACUUAUUGAUCCAGAUGAGAUUUAAAAGCAUGCUUAUUUUUGAUACAUUUUUGUAAUUAUGCUAUAUUUAUUAUUUAGCAAUUUCUAACUUACAUAUUCAGAAA